AUGACCGACAUAGAGACACGUGCACGUUACCAAAAGCUUGGCCAUCACAUCACUGAAUUGCUGGAAAAGCAGAACGCUCAGCAGCGGAAAGUUGAGAGAACCGCAGAAGACUAUGGGAUCAGUAAAGUGAGUGCUAUUGCUGAUAGGACUAAGGAAAAUGAUGAGGAACAGGAGGAAUUCGAGAAUGAGAAACAUGCACACCCUGCUACAACACGCUCCAGAGGAGGUUUGCUUAGGUGGAAAGAUGGUAGACAAACAAUCGAAAAAGCCACAGAAGAAGAAGAUUCGGGUUCCAUACCGGACGAAAAUACUGUGCUAAUGGCUACACGUAUAGUGACAGUGUGGAAUCAACAACAUCUACUAGAAAAUGCCCUUGACAAGAAAGAAACUCGGAAAGUAACAGAUUUUUUUGAAAAUGCUGACCUGAAAUCUAGUUACGGAAGUAUGGUCGCUAAUUUGAUCGAGAAAGCGGUACGAAGAGCUAUUCGUCGUACGAUCACAAACACCAAUGAGAAUUUGGGGUUCACGAUAAGUGACGAUGAGCGAUAUUUUUUGAUGAAAAGAUUACGUGCUAGACGCAUUCUUCUCGAAAUCUUGUCCAAAAAUCCUAGCCUCUUACCAGCGUCGUGGGUCUCUCGGGCAGCAGCCGGAGUUGUUGAAGAAGGUAAAGUACAGGAGGAGAAGCCUAAAGGGCAACAACCACAAUGUCGCAUAGCUCACACAAGAUCGGAUUAUGGAAUGAGAGCUCAUAAAAGGAGAAAUCCGCACAGGAAGGACCUUAAUCAAGUGAGACCUUAUGACAGAAAGAAACGGACAGCUAAGUUGAAGAUUCAUGCUGUGGAGAUAGGUGAAACGAAAGUUCAAGAAAUGAAAGCAUCUAAAGAAACAGAAGAUGAGGUAAGCAACAAAGUCUGA